AUGUGUCGAGGUGAGCGGAGAAAUGUGGAGGAUGACAAUGGAAUGGAUCAAACUGCUUACGACAUUGUCCAUAUUCCGCUUACUGUGUUCGCACGGGAGCAGGCCGCGAGUCCACACUCUGAUAGCCCGGCAGGACAACAACAGUUACUGGACAAGUGCAAUAAACCAUUUGAUGAUGAAAAUGAAUUUGUUAUUCCGUCGAUGCUCAGUGAAGCUCAAGACCUUCCAGAAUUGCCCCCACAUCUCCUUCCAGCGUCUAGAGGAUACUUAAGCCGGACAAUCAAUCGAAUUAAGGGCAUUCCCGCUUGUAUAUGGGUGGUAAAUGAGCACACCGAGGCCAUAACAGUCGUUGUAUCACAGUACCGACCAUCCCGCCUAUGGACCGAGGCUGGUUUGAACAUCUCCACCACAGGUGUCGGUUUCGACCUAUCAACUACGUCAUUUACGCCCCCUGUAACGCGAAAGACGCUCCCGGCUGCAAUAAAGAGCCAGAAGCCAUUGACGGCCGCUUUCCCGCUGUGGACUCGGCGCGACGGAUUUGGAGUGAUCACCGUGUUUGUGGGUGUUGGGCAAACGCUUUAUAUCGAGAAUGAUCGCAUUCCAAUGGGGGCGACGGCUUACUUCCGGAAUGAACCCAACUUGCAUAUUGUGGGGUUUGAGGCUCUGUAG